AUGAAAUCCACAGACAGAACCCCAAACGUGACAAAAUGGACGCUGAACCCCAACCCCACUCGGGUGCGCGACAAUCAACGUCGUCAUCGUGCACGUGUCAAAGCCCGAACUGAGUCUCUUGAGGCUCAGUUGAACGCGACGCAGCAAGAGUUGCAAGCCGCACAGGCGCGCAUCCAUGAGCUUGAAUCUUUUAUUACUGUGAACCGGCCCUUGUUCUUCUCUGAGCAAGGCGAGCUUCCAGUUGGGCUGGGGUCAUCCAAUAGUGGCUGUGGUGAACCGACGUUCACAACCCUCGAUGAGCGUUUCAGGCAACAGGAUCCGGAUAGAAAUGCUGUAGCAACAUUUCUUGAGGUAGCACCAACUGAUGAGAUCGCGUCUGCUAUGUUUUCUACGGUUCAGCAUUACGAUAAGGACGAUAAACUACCCCCAGUCGCGGCUGGCGAAUCGACAACCCUCUGUCGCGUGGCGUAUGAAAUCAUCGAACAGCAUAACAUGACUGGCGUCGAGCCAUGUGAGAUAGAGCAUUGCCUCCAACCAGGCUUCAGGCGUCCGACAAGAGAGGGGGAGGAAUGUAGGGUCGAGACCACGAUUCUGUACGCGUUGAUUGAUCGCAUCAGCCCUGUCUGAGCAUUGUCUGGGGUAGGG